CGUCGUACCCCCGUGUCGCCCUCUGGCCAACCUAAACAGCUCGGCGCGCUACCACUCUAGCCGGGUACCCGGAGCGUACGAGAAAUGUCUGACUUCCCCUUUGUCUCAGCCACGUCAGCCAAUGCAAUCAUCUCCGAACUGCGCCCCACCAUACUCUCCGGGCCCGCUCUUGGCCAUGUCAAUGCCAUCCUCGACGAGGUCCUCGUCUCCAUCAUUGAGGCGUCGGCAUCACUCAACCCUGCCGAUUUGAGGACAAAGGGCUUUCCCGCAGUCUUUGCCGAAGCCGCCUCGGAACAGCACGCCUCGGUGGGCUCUCUCGGCCGCGCUGCCAUCGGAGAAGCAGAAGUCGAGAUCCGCAGCUGGUAUGAGGCGCACCCCUCUGCCCGCGAUGGCUUCCGCGGCUUUCCGCCACGAGGCAAUGGAAGGGGCUUAACCGAAGAGGCUGAGAGAAGAAAGAAGGAGUUCCCCGUCGCAGAAGCCGUCGAGCUCAUGAGGCUCAAGACGUCUUCCUUCUCUACCUUUGCCCCUGAGCCUUCCCCUCCACAACACGACGUCGACAGCACGUUUGCCCUAUGGCAGCAAGCUGGUGGUGAUAUCGGCGAGGAGACAGUAUCCCCAGCUGCCCUCUGGCUCACAGCGGUGUUAGAACACAUCUGCGAGCACAUCUUAUCAAAGUUGACCCAGGUCCUUGGCCGCGACUGCGUCUCCACGACAGCAGACACUGCAGACCUCUACACCGCAAUAUGCGAGGACGACAGCAUGUACGCCAUCUUCACGCGGAUGAAGGUGCGAACAAAACUGGAACAGGAAGCACGAGGAAUGGCCGGUCCUAAGCGACCGUUUCGGAGUACAAGCGGUCCCUCACCGACGGUCGAGCCUGCAGUGUCACCAGAUGGCUCGUUCGCAUCCCUGCCAGCGUCCAACCGGGACGAUUACAGACUGCACAAGAAGUAUGGCAGCACGGGCGCCAGCAGCACAAACCGCCCUGCGAGCGAUCAAUUUGCUCGUGUGCCACUGGCCACGAACAGCAAACCGCCCCCUGUGCCCUCGUCUGGCCAGCACAAGAGAGCCUCGAGCGUUCUCAGCCUGUCGGCAAGACAAAUUAUCGGCGCAUGGCAGCAGGGGCAGGAUGAGACGGACAAGAGCUCGAAGCGGUUGUCGGUUGGCCAGGCUGAGGACGACUUUGACGCCCUGAUCCGCAGCGGCGAGACGAUGCGUGUCAGUUUGACCCCAAGUCGUUUGAGCACCUUUGAUCCCUCCUUCAUCUCUUCGAACAUGCGGGACAAGAGGAAUAGUGGGGCUACUAGCGACUACAUCUCAGCACAACAAUCCUCCAGCGAGUCGUCAUUGUUAUCUAGCAACAGCACACAAGCGAGCACAGCCGAAUCCGGGAUGGUCACUGGAGCAUCGCAGCGCGUAGCCGCUGGCCGCAGCCUGUCGGCUGCAACAGCAAAGGCCGGUACUGUUCGUCGUUCAACCAUCGAGGAGAAUGAGGAGGAGGGGACGAAUGCCGAACCAGAGGUGGAAACGCUCAAGGCCGAGCCCGAGGCGUACCAAUCGACCUCCCCAGCGACUGGCUCGUCCUCCGCCUCUGGGUCUGGUUCGGGAUCAGGUGGCACCCAGGUCGACACCCCAACACCCCGUGGCUCCUUGCUGAGACUGCCUGCGACGGCAGUAGCAUCCGAACCUACCAACUCACCUCAUUCAUCGCCUGGCGCGGUGCAUGACUCGCCUCGCGCUGCCAGCGAGGGCGCAGAUGAAAACAAUGGGACACAGACUGUCCGUCUGCGCGCAAAGCCCGCCUCUGUGCGUGACCGUGGAAACACGGGCGACCUGUCCGACUUUCUCAAGAACACUGCACCUGUCGAGUACAUCAAGGGCACAGCACCGGCCGAGCCGGCAGUUGAGGCGUCGUCGUCGACCACGCUGCCCCAGGUCCAGGUCAACAACGAGCCCGUCGUGGACAAGGGGAUUGAGAACAUUGCUGUGAAGAAGAAAGGACCCAGGUUCAAGGCGAUCAUGUCCCGCAUGUCGGUGCAGAAGAAGGACAAGAAGGACGACGACCCAGGCAUCAAGGCGUGGGCUGAGAAGACCCUUGUGCCCUCGCCUUCGAACCAAACAUUAAAGUCGCACGGAAUGAACGGCGGCGACAAGUCUCAGCUCUGCAGCAAGAAGUCUUCUAGCAGUUUUGCCUCGGCUUCAACCCUCAUGCCGCCUGCGCUAUCGCCGGCAGCCUCGAUCGACUCUGUUGGUUCGACACCGCUCACUACGCGCGAAGUGCUGAGAAAGCCUUCGCUAGUGCGCAAGUGGGCGGCGCAAGUGACUGCUGGAGAGCCCAACCGCCGUCGCAGCCGCUCACCGCUCAUGCCCAACUCGCCCAUGCUGGGCUCAGAGCAGCAGCACGGCGAGGAUGAGGAGCUGGGCGACACGUUGACGGAAGAGCCGGCGUCCAUGGAGACCAGCGAGGUGGGCCUCGGCCUCGGCUCACCUGCUGUCAUUCAUUCCCGGGCUACCAACGGCCACAUCAGCACCAUCGAGGAGAGCGACUACUACGAGGACUCGCUUGGUGCUGCCGGAACAAGGGACACGAUCGAGACGAGCGCGACGCUGGACACGAUGGCGACCAUCGACACGGUGGACCGCGGACCGCAGGGACCCGAGCAGGCUCUGGCCGUGUUGACGGCCGCGUCCAAGUCCAACUCUCCUGUCACGACUCCGUCUACCCCGGACGAAAGGUUCCAGACGUCAGCUCUCCCGAGCAAGUCCAGCAAGAGCAAAUCGAUUGCUUCGGGCCGUUCGUCGCUCGUCUUCUCCAGCUCGGUGCAGUACGGGGACAACGAGGACGGGGAGGAGGAGCGCGCGGCGGCUGCGUCCACGCAUGGGACGACCUCCGCCACCGAGUCCCCUUCCAUCGACUCGGUACCCCCCGCCUCGGCGCUCCCUGCCAGGGUGUCUCACAAGAAGGCUCGCUCUCGCCACUCGAGCUAUGCGUCCUUGUCUCGACGCCCGGAGCCCGUCGAGCCGGGCAAGAACUUUGUCGAUGUUGCCGACCUCGUGCCGCUCCGCCAGCUCCUGGACCACGCGACAACAGCGCGCGAGUGCCAACUGCUUCUGGACGCCAUCCUGAGCCAGCUUGGCGUGCCCCGCGGCGAGAUCCUCGGAGGCACCGUCGCCCACCCCGACGACCGUGUCGUUGCGUGGCUCCUGUCCGGCCGUGAGGGCCCAGUGGGAGACAUCACCCCGGUGCACCCCAAGUCCCACUCGCGCGCGUCGUCGUACGCUGGCGGCCACGGGCGUACGUCAUCCAAGCACAUGCCGAGCAGCCGGAGCGCGAGCAGCCUCAGCGGCCGGCGCCGCAUCGCGCCCGAGGCGGCCAACAAGAACCUCCCGGCGCUCCCACCUCCCUCGCCGCUCGGCGAGGAGGCUCCCGCGCUGACGCCGAUCGCUACAGCGCCAGUCACCCCCGAGCCCGCCCCCGUUACCCGCACGCCCGUCGUCUCGCCGCCGAGCCGCAAGCAGCCGAUCGCCAUCGAGAUUGGCGCCACCGCUGGCGAGAUUGACUCUGCGAGGAAGGCCGACGCCCGACGCGCCCGGCGCGCGUCGGCGCCGCUCAUGAGCCCCAGCCCUGACCUUGGGCUGACUUCAAGCCCCAAGCUGGCCAGCGCGCUCGAGGUGCCCUCCCCGCGCAUGUAAUGCGCCGUCUCUCUAUUGUCAAAUGUCUCGAACAAUCUGUGAAACAUCUAGGAAGGAUAGACCUGUAUAGACCUGGCUUGACCCAAGGACAUUGGGCUGUAGAGUAUUAACAUAUGGUAUGCAUGCCGUAGUACUUGG